GCUUCUUGCCGCAGCGACCUCGACGUCUUUCCGGCCGUCUACUCAUUCGCGGCCUAUAGGCUACAGCAGCCACUAGGGUGUCAGUUGUUGGUCCCGCCCAGAACACUUCAGUUGUGCUCUGCAAGGAUAUAUAAUAACUGAUUGGUGUGUCCAUUUAAUACAAGAAAAUGGAAACUGAACAGCCGGAGGAAACCUUCCCCAACACGGAAACCAAUGGUGAAUUUGGUAAACGUCCUGCAGAAGAUAUGGAAGAGGAACAAGCGUUUAAAAGAUCCAGAAACACGGAUGAGAUGGUUGAGCUUCGCAUUCUGCUUCAGAGCAAGAACGCUGGGGCAGUGAUUGGAAAAGGAGGCAAGAAUAUUAAGGCCCUCCGUACAGACUACAAUGCCAGUGUUUCAGUCCCAGACAGCAGUGGCCCCGAGCGCAUAUUGAGUAUCAGUGCUGAUAUUGAGACAAUUGGAGAAAUUCUGAAGAAAAUCAUCCCUACCUUGGAAGAGGGCCUGCAGUUGCCAUCACCCACUGCAACCAGCCAGCUCCCGCUCGAAUCUGAUGCUGUGGAAUGCUUAAAUUACCAACACUAUAAAGGAAGCGACUUUGACUGCGAGUUGAGACUGUUGAUUCAUCAGAGUCUGGCAGGAGGAAUUAUUGGGGUCAAAGGUGCUAAAAUCAAAGAACUUCGAGAGAAUACUCAGACAACAAUCAAGCUUUUCCAGGAAUGCUGUCCUCAUUCCACUGACAGGGUCGUCCUUAUUGGAGGAAAGCCUGAUAGGGUUGUAGAGUGCAUAAAGAUCAUCCUUGAUCUUAUAUCUGAGUCUCCCAUCAAAGGACGUGCACAGCCUUAUGAUCCCAAUUUUUAUGAUGAAACCUAUGAUUAUGGUGGUUUUACGAUGAUGUUUGAUGACCGCCGUGGACGUCCUGUGGGAUUUCCCAUGCGGGGAAGAGGUGGUUUUGACAGAAUGCCUCCUGGUCGGGGUGGGCGUCCAAUGCCUCCAUCCAGAAGAGAUUAUGAUGAUAUGAGCCCUCGUCGAGGACCUCCUCCUCCUCCUCCUGGACGAGGUGGCCGGGGUGGCAGCAGAGCUCGGAAUCUUCCUCUUCCACCACCACCACCACCUAGGGGAGGAGAUCUAAUGGCUUAUGACAGAAGAGGAAGACCAGGAGAUCGUUAUGAUGGCAUGGUUGGUUUCAGUGCUGAUGAAACUUGGGACUCUGCAAUAGAUACAUGGAGCCCGUCAGAAUGGCAGAUGGCUUAUGAACCACAGGGUGGCUCUGGAUAUGAUUAUUCUUAUGCAGGGGGUCGUGGCUCAUACGGUGAUCUCGGUGGACCUAUUAUUACUACCCAAGUAACUAUUCCCAAAGAUUUGGCUGGAUCUAUUAUUGGGAAAGGUGGUCAGCGUAUUAAACAAAUCCGUCAUGAGUCAGGAGCUUCAAUCAAAAUUGAUGAACCUUUAGAAGGAUCCGAAGAUCGGAUCAUUACCAUUACAGGAACACAGGACCAGAUACAGAAUGCACAGUAUUUGCUGCAGAACAGUGUGAAGCAGUAUGCAGAUGUUGAAGGAUUCUAAUGCAAGAUAUUUUUUCUUUUUUAUAGUGUGAAGCAGUAUUCUGGAAAGUUUUUCUAAGACUAGUGAAGAACUGAAGGAGUCCUGCAUCUUUUUUUUUUUAUCUGCUUCUGUUUAAAAAGCCAACAUUCCUCUGCUUCAUAGGUGUUCUGCAUUUGAGGUGUAGUGAAAUCUUUGCUGUUCACCAGAUGUAAUGUUUUAGUUCCUUACAAACAGGGUGGGGGGUGGGGAAGGGUGUGCAAAAACUAACAUUGAAAUUUUGAAACAGCAGCAGAGUGAGUGGAUUUUAUUUUUUGUUCAUUGUUGUUGGUAAAAAGAUUUCCCCCCAUGCAAUUAUUGUGAACACCUUGCUUUGUGGUCACUGUAACAUUUGGGGUGCGGGGUGGGACAGAGAGGAAAAGUAACAGUAGUCCACAGGUCCCUGGCAUCUAGUCAGAGCAGUGUGCAGAAUGUAAUGCUCUUUUGUAAGAAACGUUUUAUGAUUUUUAAAAUAAAUUUAGUGAACCUAUUUUUUGGUGGUCAUUUUUUUUUUUUUUUUUUUUAAGGUGGUCAUUUUUCAAAUGGCUAAACUCUUCCACCUCACCCCUGAACUAAACACUAAGUUUUGAUUUUCAGCUCCUCUGUUGGAUAUAAGUGCAUCUCUUCUUGGACAUAGGCAAAAAUACCUUGGGAAAUUCAAUUCUGGUGAUUUGAUGGUUUGAAAAUCCAUUGUUUGGAAAGAUACAGAUAACUCCAUCACAUAUAUUCAUGCUUAUAAUAAGCUGGGGGGGUGUUUGUUUUUGUAAAUUGUUGCCCCCUACUUUGCAAUUUUUAUUAAUCAGAAUAAUGCUUGGUUAUGGAAGUGACUGAAUAAAUUCUGAUUAUUUUUAUUAGAUUAUUUCUCACCUAGACUUCAACUGUCAACCUGAUAGUGUCUUUAUUAGUUAAACUUUGUAAAAUAUAUAUAUAUUGUUUUUCUGUUGUAUGCAAAUUGAAAAAAUAUGUACCAUUUUCUCUGUUGUAUGUUGGAUUAUGUAGGAAAUGUUUGUGAACAAUUCAAAACAAAGAUGGAAAAAAAAGUUCCUGUGGAUGUUUUGUGUAGUUUCUUGGCAUUUGUAUUGAUAGUUAAAGGUUCGCUUCCAAAUAAAUAAAACUCCCAUGAUCCUAGAUUUGAUGUGUGCCCAAUUUGAACAGAGGUUGAUUGACACCUGUAAAGCUUGUUUCCUCUUGUAAGGAAAUACAGUAAUCUUAAAUUA